AUGGCCUCAGCACGAGAAGAGUACCGCAUAAGUUCUUACAGAGAGUUGCUAAUAGAGCUAUCGAAUGCACUAUCCACUAAAGAUCUGGAAGAGUUAAUAUUUGCUGCAGAGGACUUUCUUCCCUCUGGGAUAAUAGAAAAUACAAGAAGUGGGCUGGAGUUGUUUACUGCUCUACAGAGAGAUGACAAAAUUGGCCCAACGAAUGUGACCUUGCUACAGAAUAUGUUUGAGACAAUCGGCAGAGUGGAUCUCUCGCGGAGAAUUCAGGAGUUUUCAAUUACAACCGACAGAAUUGAGCCUGAAGGUAAGCUUUUCUAUCGUGUAUCGGAUUAAAGAGAAUUUACAGGAUACCUUUGGUAGAAAGUUUUUUUACCACUAAGCGAUCAAUCUUUGGCUUGAAUGGCAUUACUUAUUGUGGAAAGUUGAUCAACAGGGGUUGUGCAUGAGGUAUAAACGAAUUACUCGGUCAACAACGAUAAUUAGUAAACAUUUUAAGUGGGAAACGUGCUAAAAACCAUAAAACUGGUGCAAAAUUUUACUUGAACGCAAUGGAGUGCGUCUUAUGCGUUGUAUUGCAUCCUAAGCACUUUCGAAUCCUUUGUCCCUUAAAACAUAGAUAACCAUCAAAAUGACCUCCCAUAGCUUAAGUUUGCCACAAACCUUAAUACUUCCUUAGGAAGUUUGAAAUUGAUUAUACUAACUAUUGUUUUUAAUGGCGAUUAUUCAAAUUCCAUAAUUUUAUCAUAAACAGCUAAGCGAGAUGACUUAGUGAGCGAUGAGGGAAGGAAUGAUAAUGAUCGUACAACAAAAGAAAGAGAUCCUUGUAACGCAGUAAACCCUGCUGGAAAUAAAGGUACAGCAUUAUCAGUAAACUGUCAAUCCUUUAAUUCACAAGAUCUGAUUGUUAAUUCUCUCCUCUUGCUGCUAAAAAAUUCCUUACAAAUUAGUGAUGAGAAUUUGGUGCAAGAUCAAGAUAAAAACUUCCUCUUGAUAAGUUUGAGUAUUCUCAUUAACCAUUUGCUAGAAAACAUAUGAAUAUCAUUGGGAGAAGUUACCUGUUAGUCACUUCUGGGAGUUAAAGGGUUAAAGUAUCGAAAAGUUUCAUUUGGAAAUGAGCUGGAGUAAAAGUUGCAACACAAAACUUUUAUUUUGAUUAACCAUACCAUGAUGACUGGAUUUUUAAACACAUCAUUUUUUUCUGUUUUGAUUCAAAAUUGUAACUAUGUUGCAAAAAAUUAAUUGCUGAUAAUCUAUGUGUUUCAUUAUCAUGUUGGGUGGAUGACAAAAUGAUUGACCAUGUUGGGAAUUGUAUCCUCAGUCAUUUGCUGAAAAUCUGGAAAAUAAUAAAUCAAUUACAUGCACUGAUAUUUACAUUACAAGCACUGAUAUUUAGGUCAUAAAGUGAUUUCUGUCAUAGAUUUAAUACUGUCCGGAAAUCUAAACAUUGGAGAAUUGUAAUUUUGAAUUAUAAUCCCAAUCCACCCCUUAUUUAAUUAACCAUCUACAAUGUGUUAAAAAAAUAUAAUUAUCCAAAAUCUAGGAGAUUUAGUGAAAGCAACUGGUAACUAAGAGAUUAAUUCUGUGUUUUGGAGACCAGUCCAGAUGUUUGAGGGAACUGGCCCAUAUGCUGUCAUGAUUGAUUCAAAGGCAGUUCCAAAACCUACAGAAAUAAAGGUGUUGAUUUGAAAAUGGAAAAAUAAGCUCUUGUUGACAUGAAAUUGCAUUAUAAGGAUUAUUUAUAAUGGGUCAUUCAUUCAAUCACCUUCAGUUUUCUUAAAUUUCCACAGCUUAAGGUAGAGUCAGGGAUCACUGAAAUGUUAGGAAUAAAAGUUAGUCAAUUUUCCAUAACCUUACCAUAAACACAUAAAUUUAAUUAGUGUUACCUAUAAUGAUUAUAUUUUUAUCAUCAGAUGGGCCUGGUGACAUGGUGACUGAUGGGGCUGGGGAUGGUGAAGAUACAGGAACAUCAAAAAGUGGUCCUGUGAAUACUACAGACACUACUGAAGGUAUAAAUUACUUAAGUUUAUCUAUAUUUUUAAAAGUAGAAAGAGGUUUGAGCUUUUAUCAUUUUUCACUUUUUUCCCUCUUUAUUUUUUCUACUUUUAUCGAUGCUCAUUUGAUAUUUGUUAAUUUGAUUACAGGAAAAUUUCAAAUACAGCAAUGCAUGUAUUAUCACAAAUUCACUUUUCUGAUCAAAAAAUGAUAGAAAAGGUGAAACAUUUACUCCUAUAAUUAUAAAUUAACCUUCUCAAGUAGCCCUUAACCCUUUAAAUCCUGAGAUCUAAUUGCUAAUUCUCCUCUCUAACUGCUAGUGGUCAGGCACAGUGGCCUCAUGGUUAGUGCGCUUGACUCCGGAUCAAGUGGUCCGGUUUUGAGCCCUGGCCAGGGUCAUUGUGUUGUGUUCCUAGGCAACACAACACAAGCAUUGUGUUGUGUUCCUACUCUCACAGUGCUUCUCUUCACCCAGGUGUACAAAUGGGUACCAGUUGGGGGUAACCCUGUGAUGGACUAGCAUCCUAUCCAGGGGGGAGUAGCAAUACUCCUAGCCACUUCAUGCUAAGGAAACCAGAGUUAAGCACCGGCCCCAUGGGCCUCUUGGGCCUGUAUAAGGGCUUUACUUUUUUUUUACUUUCUAACUGCUACACAUGCAAAUCAGUUACAAGAAUUUGGUGUUAGUGUUUAACUACCUGAUAAAUGAAUAAAGGGGUAAGUUUAUAAAGUGCAAAUGUGGUGCUGCGUUACUGGGAGAGUAUUCUUCCUUUGGGCUUCGUGGUGGUCAACGUAAAUUAGCUCCGUACAAAAAAGGAUUGUACUCUCGUUAGCCCUAAUCCUUCACCUUGACGAAGAAAUAAUGGUGAGAAAGUGGAAAAGGACUAAAUUAUCAGAAAUUAAUUGAAUUAUAUGUCGUAACGACCUGAUAAGUUUGAUUAUUUUCAUUACCUGUUUGUUGGAUAAUGUUUGGAUAGCAUAAGGCAUAAGUCUAUGUGUGGCUCAGCCUGUGUACAAAAUCUAUAUUCUGUUGUCAGAUUUUUAUUUAUUCAGAUAUAAACCAUUUUCUCUAUUCUUGUACAUCUAUUAGCUGAAGCUUUUCCAUUUCACACUGAACAACGAAGUUAAUCAGCCAUUUGGACGAGGCAAAUCCUUUCUUACUUUUGUCUUCCUUUUUGGGCUUCGUUUCCAUGGGGCAAUCAGACACGCACUAUAGGAUUGUAUAUCGUAUGCAAGUAAUCCUUUCUGUUACAAAUAAUGGUGAGAAAGUCUCGGUUCUCGUUUUUUUUACCGUUUCAAUUUGAGGCCCUUGGGCGACGUUUCGGUGGGGAAUAAACUUCAUCCAUAGCUCAGAGGAGUCAGUGAGAAAUAUAUGCUUCAUUCACCCUUACAUGCCAUUGUCUUACUAGGCACCAUUUUGAGCGACUCAUUUCAUAAGCACGUUACGCUUGGAAGUGCGGGAUUGAAAGACUAUACAAAACUAUCAGACUGACCUAAAAAAGAGAAUAAUUUUUCAACUCUCCUCACCCUCUUUCCAUUAUUACGAUCUAUUUUUUACGUUUUGUGAGGCCCAAAUCUAUUUUUGUUCUCUGUUUAACCUAGGCUCCUCUCUGAGAUCAAUGGGAACACAUCCAGCACCCUUGCCAGCACCCGCAGGACAGCAAACGGGGCUCACUCAAGUCGCUUCAUCUUCCCGAUUACAACUUGAUCCAGCUAUUGAACCGGAACCUGCGCGAUAUGUUAACUUUCUAUUUUACGAGGGUUACUCGGUGAAAAUAUUGGGUGGAAAACACUUUAAGACUCGUGAUGGAGAGUUUGUUGAAGUGAAGAGUGGAACACAGUAUAAAAUACUCGUCAAAAAUUCACGCACUUAUGGUGAGGGUCAAAUUAAGAGGCAUAUGUUUUGAAAAUGUUCCUGUAGCAUAGCCCGUGGUCUGGUUCCAUUUCUUACUGAGUAAUAAGUAAUAAUCAAUUUCCCGUUUAUUGACUCGGGACUGCGCUUUCAUUAAAUCUCAGGUACCAUUGCUAUUGCAUUUUAUCAGUUCCACUUUUCAAUAGAUUUCAUUUCCUGCAAGUUCCUGUUGCUCUAUAUUUUCAGACCGUCCACAACGGUCCAUAAAUUUUCUUGGACUUGUAUCGAUGUUCACCUCCGAAGUUACACUUAUGAUAUUUCGGAUCAUUUUGGCAAGAUGAUGGCCAGGACAAGAUGCCAUUUUACUUAAAAUUGACACUCGCUGAUUACUCCGUUGACAGGGAGAUAAUCCUUGAAGAUAGGAAAGUGAUACAGCCGGCAGAGAGUGCCAUUUGCUUGCCACCAGUUAUGCGACCAGAUAUUCCCGUUCUUUCCGUCGUUUGGCCUGAGUUCAGAAAGACUAUAACGUUAUUUGUCAUUGGUUGUGAUCUUUAACAGGUUGUCAUUUGGACAUAUCUAUUGAUGGUUACGAUAUUGGUGGAUGGGCUCUCCACGGAGGAGAGGAGAUGUCAAUCGAAAGAUCAGCUUAUGAGGCUAAGAGGUUCACCUUCUACCGAGUGAAAAGUGCACCAAAAGAAGCAGGCAUUGAAUCUGGUCGGCCCGAAAAUGGUCUUGUGAAGUGCGUGUUCACACCUGAAGCUUUCCUUAACAUUCCAGUGAUCACCUCUGAUUCUUCUCAGCCAUUGAAUGUGAGCAUACCUCCAUCGGCGACAGUUGGUGAGUUAAAACAUGAGGUGCAGAGCCAAAUGGAAGUACGGAAUGACCCGGAUCAAGUUCUAGCUCUAGACGACGAGGUGCUCCCAAAUGAUUCUCUCGUAAAGUAAGUGACCUGUGUAAACCCUUAAGCUUUAGACUGGAUAGUAGAUUCAGACGUAUUUUAACUUUUUGUCCAAUUUUUUCUUUACUUUGUGACAGUCGUGUUCGCAGGAAACCGGGAAAUCUGAGACUUAUUGAUGCAGAAAUGACAAUUUCAGUGACAGUCGAGGCAUCCUCCAAAGUAUCUUAUCCAAAAACCUUUCCAAUAAAGGUACAUCCGGGCAGGUCAAAGGUCCAUGACCUCAUGGAGCAGAUAGAGAGACGGCUCAACGUUCCGGUCAGUGACCAAAAGCUUUACUUUGGAAAAACUCUCCUGUCCGGAGCACCAAGGAAGUGUCUCCCUGAUAAACUCGUCUGCAGUCCACAACCGGCUGUAGCCGUCAUCCUCCCGGAGUAUAUUCACAUAACUGUGGAAGAACAGAAUGGUGACUCGCAUGCCUUGAAGAUAGACAAAGAGAAGAACUUGGAGGCUGUCAUGGAAGAAAUUCCUUCGUGUUGUAACCUGCAAGAAAAUACACAGGUCAUAUUUUAUUUCAAUGAAAAAAAAAUUUUUCCUUUUAAAAAUAAAAGGAACUUAGACAACCUGGGUAUUUGUUCCGGAUCAAGGCUUGAGUUGAAAAUGAAGAUUCUUUUCAUCGACGUUGAAGCUUGUUUCUCAGGUGGUUCUCCACCCGUCCGCGUGAGAUGUAGUCCUCAAGAUACUUUCCACGAUUUGAUGGAAAAGAUUGGGGUGAAGAAUGAGAAGAAAAAAUGGAAGUUUACAUUUGCAAUGGACACAAGAAUUUUUGAUCCAGAUGAAGACAAGAGUCCGUUACAAGGUAAAGACAUACUUCUUUAGAACUCAUCUAUAGUAAUAUAUAGAUUUAGCCAAGCCUAAAAGCGGAGCUCGCAUUUUUUUUUUCUCGCACGUCUCAAGGGCCCAACGCCUUGCCCCGGCCAGGACUAAAACCCGGGUCGUCCGACUCGGAGCCCAGUGCACUGCCCACUGGACUACUGGACAAAGCCGUGGCGUUGGCGUGCCCGUGGUACAGUUGACCACGCAUGUUAAAAGUAGCACCUUGUACGGUCGUACAUCCAAAUUUUUUCGGCUUGAUGGGUUACUACUAUUUUGUACAAUUAUGGGGCUACGCUCUGCGAGCUCCGCUAUCAACAAUUUGUUUAAGGUGCCGUCGCACGGGAUGGAAGUAUGCUUCUAUUUUGACAAUUUUAUCUUGUGAAUUGAUGGAGCCAACGAUAGAAAUAUCUGUCGAAUGCCUUUUCUUUGUAUUAGAUUACGGAGUUACGCACGGCUGUACCCUUCACGUGACGAAACAUCUGGCCGCUGAUGGUUCCAUCAUUCCUCACGAAACGUCUAAGUGUAACGGGCAAGAGUUCGAAAGGUUAGCCGCAUGCGCGCAAAUCGCAAAUCGACCUUUGCACAAAGGAACUUUUACUUACGCCCUGUAUAUAGGCAUCCCUUACUUCACGUUAAGCGGCACCAAGAUCAUUUAACUGAGUGCAACUAUCUUACGAAGUGGUUACCUUAAUUCCUAAAUAUAAAGCCUUCGUAGUGAGUUCACUAUCGUGGUCCUUAACUGCUAUACUAAAGUUUUAGAAGCGUUUUUAACCUUUAAAACGCUCGUUUUGAAUGAAGAAUAACGUUUUCAACUCAGUUGUUAACGAACAAUUACCCUGCUAGAACCUACCAUCGACGCAGCACCACAGUUUCUUUAGAAACUUCCCCCCUUUAUGAUUUUGACAAGGUUUACUUUCCUUCUCCAUACGCAUGCUAAUUACGUAGAGGUGGUCUUUCUGAUGUCCAUGGCAAAAGAAAAGGUAGGUUAUUUAAAUAUUUUCACAAGGAAAGUCAAAAUUUUAUGAAUGCCUGAUUUUUUUGUGUGGUGUGCAUGAUGAACAGACGAAGAACGAAUGGUAAAAGUUUUGAAAUGCUCUUUUUCUGAUCUUCAAGGGAAGAAAUCAUUUUUCCGCAAUGUAAAAGAAAAGCUAUUCGGUAAGCCACCUCAAGAGUGCACGAGCGGUUUAACCCAUGGAGGCGGUAGGUAUAAACUGUGUCAAUAUUUAACGGUACAGACUCACAUUUGUUUUUAGAACUCGAAAAAUGCCACUUAUUACCUUUCGUAAUUAAAAGUUCUCGAAAGGAUUAGUGCCAAGGGACGUAUGUUUCUUAUUUGUCAACUUUUAAGGCAAUUGAUAACAGAAAUAAGCAAGAAAAAGGCGAUAAGUCUCCUUUCCAAGGAAAAUUCUCGAAGUCCCGGCCUUGUCCAAUCAUUAAUGGGAAGAAAAACAACGAAUUGUCUGAGCAUUUAUUUUUAAUUGUCUAGAAUGUAAUUGAAUGUCAAAUGCUGCCUUUUGACAUAAGUUGACAUCUGGUCACCCGGCAAAGGCGUAAAUUGUUGGCUAUAACCUUUCAAUUUACAAAUAGUUUACGUUAGUCAUGCUUCAAAUAGCGCGUUAACAUUUUUUUUUGCAAAGGACACCCGCGAAAGUCUGCUGUAUACUUAUGGCAACUUUUGUAAGUUAAUACCUGAAGAAUAAUUAAUUAUAUAAGCUUACAUUUGUCUUACGUUUCUUUAGACUCACCUCCACUUUUGCGGCGGAGCCUAGAUAAAUCGAAUUUUAACGUUGGUAAGUUGUAUUUAACAAAAUAUACAGUCUGCAGUGUGUGGCUUCUUUUUUUUUAUAUUCUUUCGGACUCCAUAGUUGAAAUUCGCGGUUGCCUAGCCACCCUGGUACUUGCAUUCUUUCUUAAUAUGUCGUCGAUGAUCUGUUUUAUCAGUCUUUAAAAAAGGGAGGUAGCAAGCGAUUUACAUUUGAUAAACCGUUUCCUUCGUAACUCGCGAAGUUUGAUAGACCUUUAUGUUAGCCUUCAUUACAUUAUGUAUAUAAUAAUAAAUAUGUAUAUAAAGCCUGUAGCAGAGAACCGGAUCCAGGGUGGAGAUCAGGAGGGACCACAUUGCAAGGCCACAGCACACAGGAGGUGCAGGACAUUCGUCGUCGACUUUGUAAGUUCUGCAAUUAUGAGAAAGCCAUUUCACUGCUGUGAUUGGUUAUCAAAAUUUUUAAAACAGGUUUUCUGAUUAAGAAAACUGUGAGUAAAUCUCAGUGUAUAUAUAUACUCCCGUUUUCAAAAAACGUUACAAUUUGAACGCCUUUUCUUUUCCAUUAAAAAAAGUGCUAGCGGAACUUAUGAUAAGGAAAAGUUCUCAGUAGGUUAAAACAAUGACUAAUUUGUUUCACCUUUGCACAAUAACAAAGAAGGAAUUGCCCCUUUGAUGUGAAAUGUAAAUUCCCAGUCCAUCACCUUCUUGAUGAGAAAAGAAAUGCGAUAUUUAUCUAAUAUUUAUAUUUUUUUAAAAAGUAAAGUUUUUAAAAACUUGUGAAGAUACUUUUGGGUCGUCAAUUUAUACCUCCACUGCGUGACUUCCUCCUUUAAUAUGUAUUUAACUUGCCCAGCUUUUGUAGCCCUUCAGGAAUUCUGUAUUACAACAUCAUUUGUGCGCAUGUAAAGCAGAAGAUGUGAUAAAACGGAGAAUUCUUUUCCGUAUAUGAAAAAAGUAAACUAACUUAUACUUUAUUUUCUCUGUGGAAACAAACGCUCGUCCUACAGAGUUUGUUUGUUUGAAUUCAAAUGGAGGCCAAUGGUAAAAGAAUAAUUUUGUCUGAAUUCUAACCAGAAUUAGGUCUGAAUUGAAAUUUCAAAAACAAAUAGCCCCAAGGUUGAUUUUUUUCUGUAUGAGCAUGUCCAGUUAUUUAUUUAUUUAUUUAUUUGUUUUCUUUUCGGAUUCUGACUUCCAAAUAUGCCGCUGCGUUUGAAAUCGACAGCUGGUAAGUUGCGUUUAGAGGACGUCCAGUUCUCACUUUAUUUCCGGCUAUGACAUAGUUCAAUAAUAAAUACAAAUACUGUCUUGCAGUUGAGUGAAAAAGUGUCGUAAAACCUUGAACCUGGUAUAUAUCAUUUUAAAGUGAUUGAAGGCUCGUGCAGUAUUGAGAAAGAUUUAGGACCAUCAAAUGGAUAUAGUCCGGGCUCGAGAAAACUGCUAAACGUAGUCUGCGAGGUCAAGUUUGAAUCGAGUGAAAUCGAGAACAUACGAUGAGGAAUGAGAAAUGCAAAAUUUAGUGUAAAUUUUGGCAAAAAAUAGUUCCUGAGUGACUUAAAAAAAUGACCAGUUCAUAACUAAAUUUUUUGAGACACUGAUAUAUAUUCUCAUAAUUUUAAAACAAAAGUAUGCUACACUGAGAGAAUCCUGUCUUUCUCUGCUCCUAUCCAUUUAGAUUCACCCCAAAUUUCCCGUAUGCACAAAAUAGGUAAGUCGUAUUCAAAGACUGCUUCUUGCAGUACAUUGGGGAGAAUACAACCUAAUUAUGACGAAAAACGCAUUGCGUUUACAAGGUCAGGUUUGAAUCGUGUUAGAUCAAGAUCAUACAUAAAGAGAAAUGUAUCAUUUUUUCUAAAUUAUAACUUAAAGGAGGUCUUAACUGACCAUAAAUUCACUUGCUUUUUAAGACGCUAAUAUUCUUACGAUUAGAUCAAUCCAUUCAACAGUGGCCUGGAAGGGGAAUCAACUUCCGCGACCUCAUGCUUUUUGACUGCGACUUUUUUUCCACACGUGACUUCUUCUUGAGUGCCUUAAGAUUGCGGGCUCACCUAACAAAGCGGUCAGCAAAUGCAAUGCUGGAAGAUAAUCUGGUAAAACACAAUGACAGUCCAAUGGAAAAGAAAACAAAGAUCAAGAUGGCUGCUAAAAAAACAAAACCACUGAGUAGUCUUUUUUAAAUGGCCACCUAGCAGUCCACCACAAAACACAAUAAAAAUUCGCAGAUUGAGGAUAUGGCGCGGGUUUUGAAAAAGUCGCUGAUGUGUGCUGAUUGUGUAGGGAUAAAAAAGAAGUAGCAGUAGAACAAAGAGGUCGCGAAAGAAAAAAACCAAAGUCGCAGAAGAAAAAAAUAAUUUGUAGAAGAAAAAAAGAAUCUUUCCCGCCGAUUUCUUUUAACUUGCACAUCUAGGUCGGGAAAGGGAGGCUAUUUAUAGGCUGUUUCAACUGUGCGAUUACAGGUGUCUGAUUACAGCCAACUGUCCGAUCACAACUCUGCAAGAUAAUUAGUGAAAAAUAAAUCAGUUAGUUUACCAAUCACAUUUAAGGAAAUUGUAAUGUUUAUGAUUAAUAAUGGGAAUAGGACCGAGUGGAGUCCAAUUCGGUCUUAAAUUAUACGAGUGAUUAACAAAAUCGGACAAAAUCGGGCGCGUACACUGUCCUAUUAGUGCUGAAAUCGGGCUGGUGAUAACCAAUCGCGUUCGAGAAGUUUGUUAUAAUUUUGAUUAAUAUGUAUAUAUACACCGGUUUUCAAAAAAUUUACAAUUUGAGCAUCUUUUCUUUUUCCAUUAAAAAGGUAGAGCCAAACUUCGUAAAGCGAAAACGACCUCAGCAGGUAAGUACAAUGGCUUCUUUUUUUUCACCUUCGCACAGUAGCAAGAACGGAACUUCUUCUUCGAUGUGAAAUGUUAAUGCCUAGUCCAUCACCCUUUUGAUGAGAAAAGAAAAGGUAUACGUAUCCAAUAUGUAUUUUUAAAAAGCAACAGUUCCAAAAACUUGUGAACAUAGUUUUGGGUUGACAAUUUAUACCUUCACCGCUUGACUUCCUCUUUAAACCCUUUUUCUCCCAUAAGUGACCAAGAUAGAAUUUCUCUUUACAAUAUCAAUAAAAUAUCAAGCAGACAAGCAGUGAGAAUAGAGAACAAUAUCAAUUAGGGGAUUAUUAAUUGAUCCAGUACCAAAAUUCUCUGAACUAACAUCAUAAGAAUUAUAUGGCAGACAGUAAGGAGAAUUACUAAUAAGAUCUUGGGGGUGAAAGGGUUAACACGUAUUUAACUUGCCCAGUUUUUGUAGCCCUUUAGGAAUUCUAUAUUACGACAACAUUUGUGCACAUGUAAAGCAGAAAUGUGAUGAAAUAGAGAAUUCUUUUCCGGAUGUUAAAAAGGUUAAUUGAUAUAUGCCUUAUUUUGUCUUUGGAAACAUAUGCCUUCCAACAGAGUUUGUUUGUUUGAAUUCAAAUGGACAAAAAUGGUGAAAGAAUCAUUUUGUCUGAAUUGUAACCAAAAUAGUCCAUUUUACAGUUGCCUGCUUGGUUGCCAAGCCUUUGGAAAAGAGUGAGGCUAAGGUUGACCUUGUUAUGAUAAAAACAUUGCUGCUUUUCAAAUGUAAACUACUUUGUUAUCAUUCUAACUGAUCUCUAUCACAAUAUGGUCACCUUCAGCCCCCUUCCAAAUCAAAAGGCUUGGCAACUAAGUACACAACUGUAAAAUGGCCUAUUGUAACCAGGCCGAUGUGUCUGUUAUUGGGUGCUGGUAAGUCGUGUUUAAAUGUAUGUGUUCCCUGAAUUGAAACCAGCACAGGGACCUACGCAGUCUUCCUCGUGGAGAAUUGGGGGGAGGGGUCUUGCGCCAAAAAUCUAUUUGGAAUUAAAGAGAGUACCAGCAAGUUAAAUUGCUAUGAAUAACUAACUACUACUCUUCAUUAGAGUUUCUAUACAUCACAGAAAGCAAAGACUCUUUGCAACGCACUUGAAUACAUGUCGCAAACGUGGAUGAUAAUCCCCUGAUCAUUACACCCUAGUAAUUUUUCACUUUGCUGGUUUCUCUAUUUCCAGUGAUAUUCGGCGAUCACUUCCUUAUUGAUUUUAUGUUGGUACACCCAUGUAGCGUUUGAAUUGCCUCGUUCUUGUCGUAAACCAAAGCCUGCAGAAAAUUUUGGGAGUGUCCAACCUAGUUAAAAGACAAAAAAAAAAGAAAAGAAAAAACGCAUAGCGUUUAAAAGGUCACUUGCUUUUAAGACACGAAUAUUCUUAUGAUUUUUAACCAAUGAAAUGGUACCCCGACAGAACCAUGUCUUUCCCUGCGAAAAAUGAGCAAUUCAUAACUUAAGUUUUGAGGCACCGAUAUACAUUUUCAUAAUUUUGAAAGAAGAGAAUGGUACACUGAGAGAGUAAUGUCUUUCUUCGCUCCUAUCCAUUUAGGUCCACCUCUACGUGGCGCGAUCUUAAAUAGUAAGUAGUAUUCAAAGACUGCUUGUUGCAGUAAACUUGGGGAGUGCAACUUAAUUAAAAGACAAAAAACGUAUUGCGUUUAUAACGUUAUGAUUUUUAACCAAUGAAAUGGUUUAAUAUGUAUUUAACUUGCCCAGCUUUUGAAGCCCUUCAGGAAUUCUGUAUUACGACAUCAUUUGUGCGCAUGUAAAGCAGAAGAUGUGAUAAAACAGAGAAUUCUUUUCCGGAUAUGAAAAAAGUUAACUAACUUAUACUUAAUUUUCUCUAUGGAAACAAACGCCUUGCUUACAGAGUUUGUUUGUUUGUUUGAAUUCAAAUGGACACCAAUGGUAAAAGAAUAAUUUUGUCUGAAUUGUAACCAGAAUUAGGUCUGAAUUGAAAUUUCAAAAACAAAUAGCCCCAAGGUUGAUUUUUUCUUUAUGAGUUUGUCCAGUUAUUUAUUUAUUUAUCUAUUUUUCUUUUCGGAUUCUGUCUUCCAGAUUCACGGUGGAAUACGGUAGCGAGACUUG